AUGGCUGGCUCUAACAUCACUAUCGAGGAGUUGCCGAAGCUGCUCGCCAACGACGACAAGGUCCAGGUCGCGGGAGUCGACGUGGACGGCGUAUUGCGCGGCAAGAUCAUGAUGAAGGACAAGUUCCUGUCGGCGGCAAAGUCGGGCUUUGGCUUUUGCGGAGUGACGUUUGGUUGGGACAUGCACGACAAGACGUACGAGCGAGAGUUGGGCAUCUCGAACCUGCAGAACGGGUACAAGGAUCUCCUCGCCCGCAUCGACCUCGACUCGUAUCGCCGCACCCCCGGAACCCCGUCCCUCCCCUUCUUCCUCAUCACCUUCCACGACCCCGACACGCAAGAAGGCCUGUAUGCAUGCCCGCGAGCAACGCUGAAGAAGGUCGUUGGCGAGCUGGAGAAGGAGGGAUACCAGGCGAUGGCUGGAGCGGAGUACGAGUACUUCCAGUUCCGCGAGACGCCCAAGUCACUGCACGAGAAGGACUUCCACCGACUCGAGCCGCUGACGGACGGCAUGCACGGCUACUCGCUCCUUCGGCCCGAAGCCAACAGCGACUACUUCCACGCCGUCUACGACGACUGUGCCCAGUUCGGCAUCCCUAUCGAGGGACACCACACCGAGACCGGACCCGGUGUCUUCGAGUCCGCCCUUGCCUACCAACCUGUCCUCCGCAUGGCCGACAACGCCCUCCUCUUCAAGUACACUGCGAAAGUGACCGGUUUGCGGUUCGGCAUUAUGCCGACGUUCAUGGCCAAGCCUUACGGAGACCAGCCCGGAUGCUCGGGGCACAUCCAUAUCAGCUUGACAGACAAGGACGGGAGGAACGUCUUUGCGGUCAAGGAGGAGGAGGUUGAGAAGGGUCGGGAAGACGCGGCGUACGAGGAUACGAAGCGAAUCAGCCAGGAGGCGGAGUGGUUCUUGGCGGGAGUGCUCGAGGGCUUGCCAGACAUCAUGCCGUGCUUGGUACCGACCGUCAACGGCUACAAGCGGCUUGUCGAGUCCUACUGGGCGCCGACGACCGUCUCGUACGCCUACGAGAACCGCGUUGCGAGCGUACGGAUCGUCAGCCCGCCGAUGGGCGACACUAAGUCGACACGGCUGGAGGUUCGAGUCCCGGGCGCCGAUAUGAACCCUCACCUCGCCUUCUCCGCCGUCCUCGCACUCGGCCUCCGCGGCAUUCGCAACAAGUCCGCUCUCCCCUGCCCUCCCAUUUCAACAGCCAACCUCUCCGAAUCCGACGCGACGAAGCUCUCUUUUGAGCGCCUACCGAAUAGCCUCGAGAAGGCGGCCGAGCGGAUGGCGAGGAUGGGCAGUCUUGCGCGAGAAGUGCUUGGAGAUCAGUUCGUCGAUCACUUCACGGCGACGAGGCUGAACGAGUGGGGGGUCUACUCGAGGGCGGUGACGGACUGGGAGUUGAAGCGCUACUUUGAGCUGGCUUGA